CGCGCAGGCAAAAAGAAAGGUCUUAUUGGACUUGGUCGGGAUUGAACCGACGACCACCUGCAUUCGAGUUCCAUCUACGAGUCGCGCCAUGGCUCAUUGGCCUACAGCACAUUGGCUAUCGGUCACGCUCUCCGGCUACUCUUGCGAAGCAGAUGCGCUACCACUGCGCCACAACUAUAGAGCAUCAGCAUCAGCAUUGUCUCAAACACUAUGGAAGGAUGUGUUGAACUCACGCCCUCGUGUCAUUGGAUGGUUAAAUGCAUAUUUGUUUGCUAUUUGACCAGUGGCGCUUGGAAGGAAUUUUCCCCUGUGCUUCAAAGCCUCACGAAUCUCGCAGGUCUUGAAAAUUGAUGUGGCAGUCACUACUGAAGGGAUGAACUGAAUCGCGAUCGCCAGUUGCAGCCUUUUGACGAGCAUCAGUCGAAGUUGGAAGGGAUAACAAGUGGUCAGUGGCUCGACUCGUUCAACAGUCGAUCUGACCACUCCUUGACAGCAAGAUAAUGCAUGGCUGACGCCGAUCUUGUGAUUCAAACGAGGCUGUCGCUGUCGACAUUGGCUCGAUGCCGGCCAUGCGUCCCAGGCCAGGGCGACUUGGAUCUGGAUCACGGGCGACUCGUUUGCCUGCGAGAGCACGUCGGCAUUGAUGAGGUUGGAAUAGUAUUUCGCCUCCUCCCGCAGCCGGCAUUAUCGUGGAGAAAUACAUGUGGUUCGCAAGGCUGUACGACAUCGCCACUCUGCCAACCGGGUUGGAUUGGAGAUGAGCGGUCUGAUCCUUGGCAAACGAC